AUGGCAAGAAGCAGAAAUUUAUUUCAGUUUUCAGUCUUUCUGCUACUGCUAGCUAUAUCGAUCUCAUAUGCAAGCACGGAUGGAUAUAACUCGCAACCCAAAUCAUAUACGAAACCAUAUAGUGCACAACCGAAAAUGUCAACAGAUGUGGUGGUGGAAGGGAUAGUUUACUGUCAAAGCUGCAAGUACUCGGGAACAUGGUCCCUUGACGAGGCUAAGCCCAUCGAUGGUGCUAAAGUCGGUGUUAUUUGCAGGAAUAACAAGGAUAGAAUCAGCUACUACAAGACUUACAGUACUGAUAGUGGAGGUUACUUCUAUGCAAAGCUUGAUGGAUUUACAAUGAGGCAUCCGCUUCUUGAUCAUCCUCUUCAAGCUUGUGUUGUAAAGCUGGUUUCUUCCCCAAUUGAUGAAUGUGAUGUCUUCACUAACAUUAACUAUGGCGUUAAUGGAGCCACACUUCGGUAUGAGAAGAAGAAGAUUAUGAAGAAGGGUUACGAGGCUGUCGUUUAUGCUGCAGGCCCCUUGGCCUUCCGUCCUGAGCAUUGUAUGCCAAACCAAUACUGA